CUUAAGGAAACGAUUUCUAAAUAGAAAAUUUUCUUUAGAUUUAUUCAAUUUCAGCUCCUUUGUCGACUGACUAAGGUUCAUGCACUAUGGCAAAUGUUCGAUGUAAAAGCCGAUUAUCUUCUCUCACAUAAGCUGAACCAUCAUUCAUCGAAACAUUGAACCCUCUUGAAGGGAAAACUCACGGAGAACGAGAAACAUUUAACACUUUGUUAAAACAUGAAUUCAGCCUUUAAAUGGAAUCUAUUAACUUUUAUUCUAUUGCUGAGAGGAUGCUGUUUAGAGCCAAGCAAAACAUAUCAAAUUGGGGAACUUUGUGAGCGACCAACAUUUCUGUCAACUUAUAGAAAAAUUGAUGGAGCUGAAAUAAUAUCGAAGAAUGAGCGGAAUUUGGAUUGUACCUUGACAUUCCAAACUCAUUCCAUUCUUCAGCGAUUCAUGCUUCGUUUUGAAGUUCUCAAUUUAGACUGCAAUGAUCACUUAUACAUAUUCGAUGGUGCACAUGCAGCAUCAUCUCAUAAAGCUGAUAUCAGUUGUCGCAAUACUAAACAAACUGUAGGAACAUUAUUCACUCGAUCUAACUUCAUCACAUUAAGAUAUGUAACCGAUGGCUGGGGAACUGAUAACACUUUCAAACUUGUUAUAACAGCAAUUAAAGACGGAAAACAUUCUUGCAAAGAUUUCCGUUGUACAUUAAAAGAAUUUUGUAUACAUCCUGAUUUGUUAUGUGAUAAUAUUAACCAUUGCGAAGAUGGAAGUGAUGAAGUUACUGGGAUUUUAUGUGAAGACCCCAUCGAUCAUAAUAUUUUUGGCAUGUCUUCUGAAACAUUGACUAUCAUAACAAUCUGUGUAGUUUUAAUGAUGUUGGCUUGUGGAUUUGGUGUCGGAAUUUGUAUUUGUAGAAAGAAAACAAAUGAAGACAUAACAUCAAAAAAUCAUCCGAUGUACUCAGAUGCUAAUGGUCCAAAGCAUUUAAAUGAUUACCGCCCAGCAGUAAGAGGUUGUUAUAAUUAUGUGUAAAUUAUUUAUGAAAGAGAUCAAUCACAAAAAAAAAGAUGUC